ACACAUUUUCCACUCCCGUCACUUCCCUUAGGCCUCUAUCGUGCUGUAAGCCUGCCAAUCCGCUCUUCUACCCUCUGUCAAUGUCCCGGAUGAGUGAACAGUGUUCCGUGUUCGUUGUGUUUGCGUGUUUUUGAGUUUGUUUGGAAGUGAUGCUUGUGCUAAUCAGGAUUAUGGCCCAAGCUGUCAAUGGACCGACAAUCGGUAAGACAGCGUGCCAGACGUCACCCGCUGCCCUGGUCCUCGUCUCUCCGGCUGAGGUAUGAGCGCGAGAGGUUGGAGCUACAAAAAAGACUCACAGAGCAGCUGGUGUCUGAUGUGUUUGGCCUUUAUGAGAAGUCACUGUUUGUUGACUUGAAGCUUGAAGCAUCACGAGGCAACGUUUACUGCCACCAGCUGUUCUUUGCUGCAAGAGUCCCUGCUGUGUGGCACCUCCUACAGGAAAUUGCCAAGUACCAAUACUGUGGGCGAAAGCCUGCAAGAGACCUUAUUUGUAUCCAACUUCCAGAUGUUGAAUACAAAGAACUGCAGAAAUUCACACGGAGUCUUUACAGUGAGGAGAACAGUCGUGCGGCAGGGGCAGCUCUACGACGCAAAUUAGAGGGUAUCCUCCUAGUGCAGCAGCAGCGAGCACUCCUCCACCGCAGCCAGAUUAGAAUUGAGAAACUGAGCCACGAAGAGGAACAGCGCGUCCAGCGGCUCAUUUUGGAGCAACUGCGUUUGGGACACCUGAGUGAGAAAAAGGGCAAUGUGCGGGAAGUGGGUCGCCGUCCCAUAGGCCAUGACACCCCACACCCCCGCAUCCUUCACUCCAGCACUCCACCAGAAAAUACAGACUCCUGCAUCAUACCCACAGCUGCACUGGUGAAGGACACAGCCCCCCAAGGGUCAGUGAGGCCCAAGUCUAAUCUGAGAGUUGCCGCUCGACGAUCAGAGUUGCCCACGCAGACAAUGAACGUCACUGACCAUCCCGUAGCAGGAUUGGCCCAGUGCAGUGCCAAGGAUGGAUCAAGGUCUGGCAUCAGUAACUGUAACAGUGUGGAAGACAACCUGGACAAUCAUGGAGUGCAGACCCAGAAUGGCAAGAUCCCACGCAAGAGUUCAAUGACCCUCCCCAAGAAGUCGCCUCCUCAGGAUGACACCUCCCCGGGCGCUCCGCUGUCCAGCCAGGAGUCUCCGGUCUUCAAUGUCUGUAUGAUCAAGGAGCUUCAGACCUCCCCAAUGCAGGUGAGUGGGGAGUCCCUGCAGGAACGGCUACGGGACAAGAAGGAGACGUCUCCUCGGGGUUCACAAAGGUCCUCCUACUCAGAGACUACUCCAGUUGCAGACCCAGAGCAACCCUCUGGUGAUACAAUGAUUUACUCUAAUGGGGAUGCUGCUGCAAGCCCUCCAGGAAGCAAGGGAUCAAAGGAAGGACGGCCCCUGCGAUACGGAGCCAUGUUCAGCACAAAGGAGAAUGCCUUUUUGCACCAAGCUGACAUGUAUGCUCGUCAGCAGCACCAAGCCGGCCCCUCCUUAGCACUGGCAAAGCACUGCUUGCCUCGUAAAAGUCAGUCUUUUGGAGCAGAAUCUCAGGACAGUGCUGAUCUGGAAAACACAAGCGCCAGCAACAGUGGUAGUGAACAGCGACUAAGCAACCUCCAUGAAACUUCCAGUUUGGAAGUAGAACUGCCCAGUAGCCAUGAGGACAACUCCAGCAGCCAUGACUCAGAGAGCAGUCCCGUGGCUGCUGGACAGAAAUGGCAAUCAGAAAAUAUUGAUGGGAAGCAUGUUCCUGAUGCCAGGUCAGAGAGAAACAGCAACUGGCUUAGAGAGCAGGAAAGGGAAGGGGAAGCCCCAUCUCCACCCAUAGAUCCCUUGAGGCCCCUGGUUAGAGCCAGAACAUUCGAGGUCCUUGAAGGGGCAGUGGAUGGCUCACCUUGUGAAGUUCGCACUGAGCCUCAGAGUAGAACAGGACGGGGUCUUAAGCAUGAACUGUCUGAGCAGUCUGGUGGUAGUGUAGCCACCAACUCUCCCAAGAGGAACAGGGCAGGGCAAAGUGGAGGUGGGCAUGAGAGAAAGGUGUCUGAUGAGAGUGUGUCCAUCUCCUAUCAAGAUGGUGUAGAGGACCCAGAGAGGCUGAGAGAGUUGGAACGCAAGAAAGGUUCCCUCAUCUUUGAGCACAACUUCCAAACAUACUCCAAUAUCCCAUCUACCAACAUGAUGACAGCCAGCAUGAUGACGGCCAGCCUCAGCUCAGAGAGUGGUAGUGUGGGAGUCACUGGUUCGUUGUAUAGCAGCAUGGUAGACAGUGCUUUGUUGGGAAGCAUUCAUUCCUUGGGAGGCCUGGAGGCUUCUACAACAGACCCUGUGCCUCGCCCAGCUUCUGUUGCUCUCCCUGUAAUGCAUCCAAAAGAGGACUCUGGAGUAGAAGCCCCUUGUCCCUCACGGCUCCCUCUCUCGUUGUCACAAAGGAGCACAGAGGCCAUGGAGAUACAACAGGAAAUCACUGAAAGGGAGGAGGCCACUCGAUCUCCUUCCCCCGACUCACUCAGUGUGGAUAUGGUUGCUCAGAGAGGAGCAAAAACAGGCAGUAAGACUGGGAGCAGCUGGUUACAGGGGAGCACCGCUAGUAUUAACAAAGAGGAGAUGGACGAUGAAGAGAAAGAACGUGAUGAUCAGGAUCCAGAAGGCAGGCUGGGCAAUGUUGCAGGUGGCAGUAAUGACUCAAAGGUAGAGAGGAGAGACUUUCCUACGGAAGAGUCAUUUGGACUUAAGACCUUUAGUGGUAGUCCCAGGUUAAGCCGUGACCUUUCAGAAGACACUCCCAUUGUCUCUGGAGGCUCCACACUCAAGCGGGAAAAAGAUUCCACUGGAGAGAGGAAGUCUGUGGCCAAGUGUGAGCGGCAGGUUAGUGUUGGGUCUGUGAAGGAUGUGGACUCCAUUCCUCUAGUGUUUGGCUUCAUUGGCCCACAGGAUGAGGAAGAGAAGCAGAAGGGAGGCCAGGCCAAGGGUGAGGACAGUGGGGAGACAAGUAAGGACAAAGAUGAAGAGAAGCACCAGAGCAUAUUCCCAAUGUUCAUUGAUCUAAAAGACAUCCCCAGCCCAGCUGAGGAACCAAAACCAGCUGAGAAGGAGGCUGCUGCAAGGUCUAAAGGCCCAUCAUCUGCUGUGUAUAUGUACAUUGAGGCCGACGCUCCCUCACCCAAGGCACGGCGGAAACGCAGGUCAGAGAGUGAUGGUGCUGCCUUGGCCAGAACCAGUGAGGGUCAGGCACAGGAAUUUGCCUCCCUCCCCCCAGUGCUGUCUGCUGCACCAGACAUCAACAGAGUGGAGAAUGCUACCAAGAAAGUGCAUGAGAAAAGGGAGGAUCAUGAUGCACUGAAGGAAGAGUCCAAGGAGGCAAGGGAAGCAAAGGAAGGUAAAGAGAAGAAGGGAUUUUUCAUGUUUAUUGAGGCAGAAUCAUCUUCAUCAAAGUCUAGUUCUCCCAAGUCCAAGAGACGCCCUGCAGCUCCACCGGCCAAGAAGCGUGCUGAGAGUGCCAUGACACGCUCGGCUCCUAGUGACUCCCUCCUGUUUUCCACUCAUGACACCAGUCGACUCAUGACCAAGUCAGUCAUUGGCCGUGAGGAGUUCAUAGCUCAGCCCCCAGCUCGGAAAAACGUGAGCCUCAAUGACAAGAUUAACGAGUCAUCGGCCAGCAGCAAGGACGGCACUUUUGUCUCAGGCAUUCCCCGACCCAUCCAUACCCUUAGGACAGCCAAAAGCUCUUCCAGAACAGGCAAGGUUAGAUCAGCGGGCCAGAAGACAGACUCCACUGGUCGACGAGAGGCCUCAGCCACCAGGACCAAGGAUGAGGUCACCACUUCUGAGGCCAACGACUUAGCUACUUCCAGGGACAUCUCCUUGUCAGAACUUGGACCAACCCAGAGCGCUUCCAUUGGAGAGCCAGGCGUAUCAAGCAAGGUCCAGGGAACUGCAGAGACUGAGGAAGCUGUGUCAGAUGUGAGCAGCCUCCUCAGUAGCCUGGAUCGCUCCAACAAUCCCUCAGAGCAAGGCAAUGCUGAACAGAAAUCUAAGCUCGGGGAGGACCUGCUGCGGAUGUUCCUCAAUGAGAUUAACACAGAUGUCACUAUUCAGAUAGGGGAGAAGCGCAUCCGUGCCCACAAAUGCAUUCUGGCAUCAAGAUGUGUGUACUUUGCUGCCAUGCUGUCAGGACACUGGGUGGAGAGUGCUGGCAAUGUCAUCAAACUCCAGGGGUUUUCACCUGAGAGUGUCAUGGUGGCCCUCAAGCACAUCUACAGUGGCACCAGCACAGUUCCUGAGGGAGUAAGGGUUGGAGAGUUGGCAGCCCUGGCAGACAUGUUAGCUCUUGAUGGCCUGAAGGAUGUGAUUGCCCUGCACCUCAAAGCCAAGAUGUGUCAUUACUUCCACAAGCCAUGCUCAGGGUGUCUGGAAGGUGUGCUAGAUGUGCUUCCCAUUGCUGGAGCGUACUGCCUGGAUGAGCUGUACCACCGGUGCCUGCGUUGGGUGGCCAGACACUUUGUUGUUGUUCUUCCCACCAGGAACUAUGCUGCGCUUCCCCCUGAGGUGCAGGACAGGUGCCUUAAACAGCUGCUGGAUGAUAUGAGUGUGAGCAAUGUGCUGGAAACUGCUUUAGGGUGUGAGAGAGUGUUGUCCUCCCUACCCAUGGUGCGCUGGGCCCAGCCAGUGUUUGACUCUGCAGCUCAGCUCCUUGAGUCAGCAACCAGCUUCAUUGCAGCCAACAUGAGUGGAGUUCUGGCUUCUGAUAGGUUUCUGGCACUGGGACGUGACAGUGGCUGGAGCAUUGAGAGCCUGCAAGACACAAUGAGAGUGGCAUGUGAAUUGAUCCGCCCUGACCAGGCUGUUCUAUCUCACCUUCAGCUAACCCAGCUCUUACAGGACAACCAAGAAGAGGGAGCUCCAGAGGUGUCAGAGACUUAUCUGACCUUCCUGGAGACAUUGCUGAGUCAGGUGGAGAAGUUCAUGGUACACAAUGCCAAUCGGGUCGCCGUGUGUCGCAAGUGGCCUCUGUUGUCGGCCUCUGUCCAGCGACGCAUCAAGGACGCUGCACUGGUGGUGGUAGAGUUUUCACGCCCCACUGGUCCACGUCCUAAGCUUUCCUCCACCAAUCGGAGGCCACGAGGAUCCAGCAGCGAGGGCAGCCGAACUCCGGGCCGGCCAGGGGACCACCGGCUGAUGCGCAGUGCCAGUGCCACUGCUGUCCCAAGCACUCAGCGGCCUGGCACAAGGCGCACCCCAGCAAGUGGCCAGGAGCCUGCCCGUUGUCACACACCACCAGCUAGCCUGCCCCGUCCACGCACCCACACACCCCCACCCACCCGUGCCUCCACUCUUCGAGCCCAGGCAAGGCAAAAUGCCAUCCAGAGGUCCCAGUCAGCCCGCACUGUAGCUGACCGGCCGAGGAGGACACGACCUGGUAACGACACAUCCACUGAUGAGGAGACACAGUCCUCCACCAAGCGGACCAUUCCCACUGGAGGCUUCACCAGGGGGGCCACCUUCACUCGUUCCUUGUCCCGACCUGACACUUCUUCCUCCCGCCCCCUCCCCCACACCCCCACCAAGUCAUCGGGUCCCCCACCUUCUUCGCGGCCCCGAACCCCAGGACCACUAGAGGGCUCCCAGCUGCCUCGGAGAACCUCCAUCACGCAGCGCACACCAAGCCAGACUACCACAGGGAGCUCUGCCUCUGAAGAUGAAAUACCCCACAGAAAGUCCAGCCACACCCAAAGAAGCCAGAGUUUGACUCCAGUGCACAGGGGAGGCAAUGAUAAGCUUGGCCGGACUCAGUCAACUGAGACCAGAUGUCGCACCCCCACCCACCAGCGGACAGAGCUCCGCAGCAGCACCAACAACCUCAGCAGAUCAGGCGGCAGCACUGCCAUGAACAACCUCAGCAAGACAGGGACAGGUAGCACCAACAAUCUCAGCCGGGCAGGGGGAGGCAGCACCAACAACCUCAGCAGAACAGGGACAGGCAGCAGCACUAACAACCUCAGCAGGGCAGGGGGUGGCAGCAACACCCUCACCCGGUCAGCAGGGAGUGCAGCCCUGCAGGAGAACAAACCAGCCCCACACAAUCAACCAGAAGGUAACUCUCAUGGCCCUAGGACUCCCAGGGAUCCUCGGAAACCAGUAGAUAUCAAGAACGGCAACUUGGUACGGCCCAGGGUGGCAGCUCAGGGACGCAGGAGCACACGCUCGCCCCUAAGGGAACCUGGACGUAACACAGGGGUGGGGGCUGGCAGAGGUUCCAGCCCCACCUCCUCCGUCCACCUCUCCUCUGAAGGAAGAAGUCGGACCUCAAGUGUGACAAGCAGGCCAGGAGGGGACACGGGGGUCUUCGCUGCCACUCCACCCUCUGUGGGGAGUCGCUCAAAUACUUUCUGCAAGGAUGACAAUACCAAUGUCACCAGGAAGACAGCUUUACCCUAGCCCUUCUUUCCACUCUCUUCCACUCACUCCUUUUUGUGUGCUGUAAUCAUUCCUCACUUUUACUUUAUGUAUGAGCACUGAGAUUAUUAACUUCUAUUGUUUUUUUUUGACUCAGUUGGUCCCAGUAGACAACCAGUAUUAAUUAUUUCCAUAAUUUCUCAUAAUUAAAAAUCCCUCACUCAUUCUGUCUUCAUCAAAUUUGGCUCUACUUAUUUACCUUUUUGUAUUUUCCAUUGCUGUCUCAUUGCCAGUGCUCUAAUGUCUUAUUUAUUCUUGUAUUUUUAGUGUUUUUUGUAAAGAUAUUUUUGUUUAUCUAAUUUUCUAUUUAGUUUUAUUAUAGUAUAUUAAUAUAUAUCAAGAUAUAUAUCUUCUGUAGGGGUGAUCUAGUUUACAGUAUUCUAGAGCAUUUUUUUACUCCUAAGUGUGAUACAUAUAUGCAUUCUUAUUUAUUGCAGAUUAUGAAUUUAGACAGUGUAGUGUGUCUUACUUUACCAAUAAUUUUUGUCUAUGGAGAAGUUCGAGAGCCAUUGAAGGCUGGGAUGAAAAUGUGUAUUUUUCAGGCCAGGAAUUGUUUCCAGCUCAAGAAACAGCUGCAUGAAAGCUGCUCUAAUGUGCCAUAGAAAUGUAACAUUGCUUAGCAAUAUACAAGUUAUCAACAAAUAUACAGAUAAAUGCAAUAUGUGGCUAUAGUAAUGCAGGUUCGUAAUAUAUCAGCUGCAGGUAUAAAUCAUCAGCCUCUAGUCAUUCGCUAUAGUUGAGCUUGAGCAAGAAGCCGUAAUUCAGAAAGAUGACAUACUCGGUGCCAUAAGAAGUAUAUAACUAGUGGCCAUGCUACCUGCUCCUCAGAGUUUUUAUUUACUUAUUUAUUUUCUAAUGAAUACGAAGUAUAAUUUUACAUAUUAUCUAGAGUAGAUUCCAGUGGCUUUACUAUUGAUAGAUAUGUUUUAACUACCAAGUAAAGUAGAUGAUAAGUGGAUGUACGUGACUAGUGUUAGUUUAGACUUUAUUAGAGGAAAUAUAUUUGACAGAUGGAAUACUGAGACCUUGAAAAGGACAGGAAAGGUGUUGAGCCUGGAGCAUGAUAAGGAGUGAAAGGCAGGCCACAGUCAAAAGAGAGUGAGACUAGUAAGAUAAGAGGCAGCUAUGGCAGCCAUGGGUUUGUGAGUGAGAAUAGUUGUAGCAGAUGAUGAAACACUGGGAAAGGGUCAUUAAUAAUAUUCCAGUCUAAUUUCCCAGGAAGAUGCAAGGUGUGACGAAUAUGUGGUGUGGUUCGGAAUGUCAGCCGUCUUAUGCCGGUGCAGGGAUAUUUAUCAUAGACAUAACUAACACCAGGCCAUAAGAAGUCAUUAGCAUUUUUUUAAAGCUGCAUGAAGGAAAAACCAUUCUGGAUGGUGCUUUGCAUACAUAUUCAUAUCUGCUGUGUACCAAAGAUGUUGCUCUCAUCCACUGAUUCUUUGCUGCAAUGAUUGCUUUUCUGAUAUCUGUGAUAUUUCAAUGUAAGUAUUUAUAUAAGUUAUAAAUACAUUAGUGUGUGCACAAAGGUUUUAUUUUUUUUAUGUUAAUUACGUUUUGUAGGUGUGUGUACAUAAGUCAAAUCAAAGGUGGAUUUGAUUGAGUUUGACCAACACGUAAUGUGUUUUGAUCCCAAGACAAGGGAAGCUUUAGUUGCUGAUGAAACGGAUCAAAGAUUACAUUGAGAUUUCUGUACAUAGUAUUGGUACAAAGUAUGUGUUCCCAAAUACAUAUAAUGUAGCGUGCAAUUUUUUGUAUGAAAAUUCAUCUCGAGUUAUGAAGUUACCCGUUAUUUUAAGGAUCUUUUCCAUCUAACAAAUAGCACAUGAAGCUUUUAACCUAAUGACUCAAAGAGGACGAAUUGACAUCAUAUGAUAUGUAAAUACUAAUGCUCUCUGAGAGAACAUAUUAAAAUCUAUGGCGUAUAAUUUUGUCUAUCGUUUUUUGUAUAUGAAUUUAACUCCCAGCGUGGAGUAUUUAGGUGCCAAGGCAACGCAUGAUUUCAGAAGGAAGGACUUCGAAUGUCUGAACUAUUCUUAACUUCCAGCUUAUUUUUAAGGUAUUGUUUCACUUGGAACACCAAAAGCCUUGGAAUCUUGCUACUCAAUGGCUGACAACAUUUUCCUAGGCCUCAGUUACUAUGAUUUAAGAUUACUACUACUUAUACUAUUACUAAUUAAGGCUUGCAGUUCCAUAAUUGUGACUAUAACAUGUGCCUCAGUAUGAUCUGACGUCUAUUAGUUUUUGUAAUAUUUUCUUUCAUAUGAGUAUUAAUAUGUUUGUGUUCUUUCAUCUGUGAGUCUUCAUACUUGUUUUGUCACAGGAUUAGUCUGUCUGUACCAGUUCAGUAUCAGUUGUAAACAGUUGUCUGUGCAUUGUGCUUUAGUCUCAUUAUUUACAUGCUUAACAGAUUUAUAAGCAGAUCAGCCAAUGAUAUUUAUUUUCCACUCAAUUGUUAACUUUAAACAUCUAAUAUAUUUACACAGUAUCUUUAUAACACAUGUCGGGUCUGUCUGUUAAGUUUAUUUUGAUCAGCUGUUCAUGUGACUCAUUCCAUUCAAUAUUGAUUUGGCUGCCAAGACUUGUAUGCUGUGUUAGUCUCUUGCUAGUCCUGUGCGAGUGUGUGUGAAGGAGCGAGUGUCUUGUGUCACGAAUAUCAAUACUUUAUCAGACUAU